AUUCGUUAAGAGAAAAAUGAAUGCGCUUUUGUGGAGUUGGAGUCUCGCAGGACUCGUUCUGCUAAGCAUUCUUACAAAUGGAAUAAUGGGUUUUGAUGAAAUGCACUUGCGUAACAAAAUCAAUGGCAAAAAUGCAAAUGAAAGUCUUCUGAUGGUAGGACUCACUCUUGUUCAAUCCGCUGCUGCUAAAGGAGCGGUGUGUCUGGAUGGGUCAGUGCCUGGAUAUCAUUUGUAUCGUGGGUACGGUUCAGGAGCAAACAGCUGGAUCAUUGAGUUGCUGGGUGGUGCGUGGUGUGUCAGCAUACACGAUUGUCAGAACCGUAAAAUCACUAGUUAUGGAUCGUCCAGAUUAAUGGAGAAAGAGUUAUCUUUUGAUGGAUUUUUAAGCGAUAAUGCCGCUAAAAAUCCAGACUUUUACAACUGGAAUAAAGUUAAAGUCCGGUAUUGUGAUGGUGCAUCAUUUAGCGGGGACAGCGAAAACAAGGCGGCACAACUUCAGUUUAGAGGAAAGCGUAUAUUUUUCGCUGUCAUGGAAGAUUUGAUGGCAAAGGGAAUGCAACAUGCAACGCAGGCUUUGCUCGGCGGAUGUUCUGCUGGUGGUCUCUCGGCCAUUCUACGCUGCGAUGAUUUCAAGGGAUUGUUUCCUCUUACCACCAAAGUAAAAUGCAUGAGUGAUGCUGGCUUCUUCCUCGACGCCGUUGAUAUAUCUGGAAAGCGUACUUUGAGGCGUAUGUAUUCUGGUGUCGUAAACACCCAGGGUUUGCAAAACACGCUUCCUCGUACAUGUACAAAUCAUCUUAAUCCAACUUCGUGUUUUUUCCCACAAAACUUAAUCAACCAAGUGCAAACCCCGUUGUAUAUUCUCAACUCGGCUUAUGAUUCGUGGCAGAUUGAAAAUAGUUUAGCCCCACCAUCUGCUGAUCCGAGUGGCAGUUGGAAUGGCUGCCGCUCGAGCUUCAAGUGCAACGAAGCUCAGCAGAAGGUCUUGGAAGGUUUCAGGAUAAGCAUGUUAAAUGCGUUAAAGCAAUUUGUGGCGACAAGAAAAAACGGAUUGUUAAUCACCUCAGACUGGGCUCACUGCCAAGCAGAGUCACAAGAUUAUUGGCUCCCUGAAAACUCUCAAGCGGGUAACAAUAAGGUGAUUGCUGUUGCUGUUGGGAAUUGGUAUUUCGAAAGAGCCAAAAAGUCAACCUUAUAGAUUGUGAUUAUCCUUGUGGCAGCAAGAAUCGUUACUAGGAAAUGUUUAUUUUGCUUUAUUCCCAUCUAGUUAUGGUUGAGGUUUUCAUAGAAA